ACAAAAUCACAUGACAUGUGUCAAACAUGGGAAACAAAAAAUAUUCAUUUUGAUCUUGUGACCCGUUUUGCGCUGGUUGGUUGAUUGGUGUUUUACGGACGGAAGAAAAACUUGCAAAAAUGUCGACCAAGGAUAGAAUUCCGAUUUUCCCAUCCCGAGGUGCUCAGAUGCAAAUGAAGGCCCGUUUGGCAGGAGCCCACAAAGGUCACGGGUUACUGAAGAAGAAGGCCGAUGCCCUCCAGAUGAGGUUCCGUAUGAUCCUUAGCAAAAUUAUUGAGACCAAAACGCUGAUGGGCGAAGUGAUGAAGGAGGCUGCCUUCUCGUUGGCCGAAGCCAAGUUCCUGUCCGGAGACUUCAAUCAGGUGGUGCUGCAGAACGUAACCAAGGCUCAGAUCAAGAUCCGCACCAAGAAGGAUAACGUGGCGGGUGUCACACUGCCCGUGUUCGAAUCUUAUCAGGAUGGUAGCGAUACCUACGAGCUGACAGGUCUUGCAAAGGGUGGCCAGCAAAUGCAGAAGCUGAAAAAGAACUACCAGAGCGCAGUGAAGCUGCUGGUAGAGCUUGCGUCGCUCCAGACGUCCUUCGUGACUUUGGAUGAAGUCAUUAAAAUAACGAACCGAAGAGUGAACGCCAUCGAGCACGUAAUUAUUCCACGUAUUGAUCGUACAUUGGCGUACAUUAUUUCUGAACUGGAUGAACUGGAACGUGAGGAGUUCUACCGUUUGAAAAAGAUUCAGGACAAAAAACGAAUUGCAAAGAAGAAGGAAGAGGCUCGCAAGGCAGCUCUUUUGGAGAAAGGAAUCGAUGUGCGAGCGCAAGCUAACCUUCUCGACGAAGGUGACGAUGAUAUUCUGUUCUAGAUAGCUUUUGGUUCAAACAAGCGGCGUACAAGAUAGACAAAAGCUAACUAUUUCAAACAACGCUAAAUAAAAAAACGCUAGAAAGGAAAGUUCAUUCCCCUAAGAAUAGUAAACGGUUUUGAGUAGGCGAAGAAACGGCGUGGUCUAGAAGAUGUAUAUGUAUCUUGUGCAUUCAUUUAUAUUUUUGUUUUCUUUUUCAAUCUAGGUUUAAAAAACUAAUACGUGCAAAGUACAUCAUAUGAAAUACAAAGCGAUUAUGGAAUAAAUGUUAUCGAUAAAUGUA